AAUUCCCGUUGGCCAAUGACGACCAGAGUUGAGGAAGCCUAAUUAGCAUGUACCCCCGCCGCUGGGGGUUGUUGUCUGCAGUAUCCUGGUGCCUUGACUCUUCACAGCGCUCCUGUCCUUUUGGUCUCCUCCCUUUUCCCGCCCUCACCUCCUCUCUUGGCUUUUUCAGCCAGCAUUGCGCUUUGUGUCCCUCGUUGUUGAAACGGAAUCAAGGAAAUACCGGACACAAUCACUGCCAGCUCUAGCCUGAAAAACGCAGCCCCGGGACAUCUGCGCACUGCAGUUUCCGGCCGGGACAUCCAUCGCGCGUGCAAGGCGCACAGACAGUUCUGAGCGCACGUACUAGAUCGCGGCUCAUAAGCCGGGUUAGUCCAUCGUCUGGCCUCUGCAGAUCGAAUUCCACUCGGCAGUCUCGGCCCUGGGAACGUAUCCCAGCAUCACCGAGGCAAGAUGCCGGCCCACAUGCUUCAGCUCUCCAGCUCCUACACCACCACCACCACCACCAUCAGAGCGCCUCCCAAGGGGAGCCCGCAGAAUGAAGGAGAGAAGUUGGAAAACCACCCUUUCUACUCCGAAGAAGACAUCCGCCCUGAAAUGAAAGAUGACAUAUAUGACCCCAGCUACCAGGAUGCAGAGGGCCCCAGGCCCAAGUUUGAGUUUGUCUGGAGAAACAUCAUCCUCAUGUGUCUGCUGCACCUGGGAGCCCUGUAUGGGAUCAUACUGGUUCCCACCUGCAAGUUCUACACUUGGCUCUGGGCCUAUGUGUACUAUUUAAUCAGUGGCCUGGGCAUCACAGCAGGAGCUCAUCGCCUGUGGAGCCACCGAACUUACAAAGCGUGGCUGCCCCUCUGGCUCUUCCUGAUCUUUGCCAACACCAUGGCGUUCCAGAAUGAUGUUUAUGAAUGGGCCCGAGAUCACCGCGCCCACCACAAGUUCUCAGAAACAGAUGCCGACCCUCACAACUCCCGCCGCGGCUUCUUCUUCUCUCACGUGGGUUGGCUGCUUGUGCGCAAACACCCAGCUGUCAAAGAGAAGGGGGCGACGCUGAACCUAUCUGACCUAAAAGCUGAGAAGCUGGUGAUGUUCCAGAGGAGGUACUACAAGCCCGCUGUCCUGUUGAUAUGCUUCAUCCUGCCCACACUGGUGCCCUGGUUCUAUUGGGGUGAAACUUUUCUAAACAGCUUGUGUGUUGCCACUUUCCUGCGAUAUGCUGUAGUGCUCAAUGCCACCUGGCUGGUGAACAGUGCUGCCCACCUGUAUGGAUACCGCCCCUAUGACAAGAACAUUAACUCCCGGGAGAAUAUUCUGGUUUCCCUGGGAGCUGUGGGUGAGGGUUUCCACAACUACCACCACACCUUCCCCUAUGACUACUCUGCCAGUGAGUACCGCUGGCACAUCAACUUUACCACGUUCUUCAUCGACUGCAUGGCUGUCCUCGGCCUGGCUUAUCCUGCUGAGGUCGGAAAGAGGAGGCUCUGCGUAGAGGCCACCAGCCUGGUUCAGCCUGCCGCGGCGGGAGCUGAGCUCGCGCCGCAGCUUCGGCUACCCAACCAGGCCUGGCCGGGCGGGGCGGCCGACGCCCAGGGAGCUCCGCGGCGCCCUCCCCACCUCCCGCCGGGGUUACUGUCGGUCACAGACCCGGCCUUCAGGGUUAUUAGCGUUCACGCUGCGCACAGUGCCAGAGUCCGCGCAACCAAUCAGCGGACGCCUGGCUUGUCUGACGGCUUUGGCGCCAAUCAGGAGGCUCGACUGCUCUAG